UAAAAAGUAACAAGGGAAUCGAUAACAAGUCCCCGAGAUCCGUUAUUUCGGAACCGUUACUUUAUAAUAGUUUUUAAUGAACUUGAAUCAUAUUUCAGUACGAACACUAUUACGAUACACAUCUUUAACCUAAAGUGUAUUACUGAAACAUAAAAUACGCGUUUUGGUCUUUAAGCAGAUGAACGAAAAAUCCUUCUUUGUUUGCAUACUUUAAUUUGUGAUUUCAAAAGUGAAAUUUUUGAAAAAUGUUACUUUUAUUUUUAAUCACUUUUUCAGGAUUUUUUAGCACUCAAGUCUCGGCCUCAGGUUAUGCAGCCUAUUGCGACCAAGUAUCGAGAUUUAAUGGUACAAUUGAAGAUAGACAUGUUUCGUCAAGAGGAUAUAAUUCAGAUUCUAGUAGCAUACAUUAUCGCUGUUGGAAGAUUUCCGUACCGGAUGAUCAUUUCAUUCGUAUAAAAUUUCAGACUAUAAAUUUUGAAAAUGAGGAUUGCGACAAUACAUAUUUAGAAAUUACCAUGAAAAACACAGAUGAAGGAUAUUAUUUUUGCAGAAUGUAUGAAGUAUUUACACGUACAACUGUUCUGUAUGCAUUUACACCUAUAACUGCUCUUUCAGAUGUACACAUAAGAUUUACUGCUUAUUAUACAGCAAAUUUUGAGCUAGACUAUGAAAUUAAACACGUUGAAUGUUCUCGUUCAGACAGUUUCCACUGCACAUCUUAUUCCUGCAUUCCGAAGUCACGUGUUUGUGAUGAAGUACUGGAUUGUUUGAAUGGCGCAGAUGAAGCUGGCUGCGCGACUGGAAUCAAUAGUGUUGAGGGUAUAGCAGAAGUUCGUAACAAAUCCAUCGCUUGGCUGAGAAAUAAGAAAUCUCCCUUGAAGGGUUGGCGAGAUAACACAGUGAUAGCUAUAACAGCCUUACAUCUGUCGGAAAAGUCUACCUUCAACGGUGGGAAUCUAGAAGAAGAAUUAAUGGCAAAGCAAAUAGAACUUGAAACUGCCGUGGCAUUGUUGAAAGGUACAGUUUCUAACCAGUUGUUGAGUAUGUACAUUAACGCUCUUCUGUUGACUUGUCAAGAUCCUCGACAUUUUUAUGGAAAAGAUUUGGUCAAACUCCUCAAGGACCAGGUAGAAGAAUCCGGGAACUUCACUCACCCGUCUGCUUACUUGGCUCUCUGCAAUGCAAAGGAAGAAUGGCCACACAGGUGGACAUCAGAUAUUGUUUCCGUAUUGAGCAGUGAUUCUGAAUACAGCUUUAUUGGAGAUUUCCAAGCAUUUGCUGUGAUGGCUGUUGCAUGUUAUAAUGAAACAAAAUUUUUAAAUAGAACUGAAAGUGCUGAUUUGUUGUCUGUGUAUCAAAAGACCAUCAAAGAUUUCAAAGAACAUCAACUUCCAGAUGGAAGUUUCGGUAACGUUCACGCAACAAGCCUCAUUACUCAAAGUCUUUUAGCGAGUGGCCAGGAACACACUAAAGACUGGAAGCUGAAAGCAACAGUCAAAUACUUGAUGAAGGAAUUGGGGAGCUUGAAUGCUGACUUCCUCACUUACUAUCUGACCCUCCCGAUUUUGAAUGGAAAAACUUUAACAGACAUUGCAAAUUACAAUUGUUCACAAACAGCAGUAGAUCCAGGAGGGCCAAUUCAAUCUCAAUGCUUGGAUUUAAAGGAACUGAGUGGCAACAUCACCGAAACUUAUCCGGGUCCCAGAAACUACAGAUAUAACAAAUGUUGGAAUAUUUUAAAUCCUGAUAAUAACUUGCUGGAAAUUGAACUGAAACACCUGGAUUUUGAAAGAAAGUCUUGUAGUUACGUUUACCUGACCAUCACAGCCAACAGGACUGGAGAAAGAGUGAAGUGGUGUGGCAACAACGAUGAAAGGAAGCCAAUAGCUGUCCACUCAAAUGUCACUGUUCAUUUCUAUGUUGAUACAUUCGAGCUUACUCCAUUGAGUCGAGAACAUUUUGAAAUAAUCUACAACAUCG